UUCGACGUCGACGGAGAGAACAAGCGUGUAAGCUUAUAUUUACCGAUUUGUUUGAAAUUGUGUUAUUUAUGAGAUAUUGAUUUGUUAUCAAUUGCGAGAUUACACUCAGAGAUGGGGCAGCUUGCGAGAGUGAGCACUUGUUUCUCGGAAUCGCUCAUGAAUUGAAUUGCCCUCACAAUUAGUCGACAUUCAUCAUUUGCUGAGUGUAGGUCAUCGCAGUGAUUACGCACCACAGCUUUGCAAGAUGCCUGCGGUCCUCAUAACUGCACUCUUGCUGCUACUCUCGGUGGACCAAUCGCUGAGCCUGGCGAGUCCGGCGUUUGAUCCCGAGGAGACACGGUUCAUUUUUACUCGAUGUAUUGAGCAGUACUCGACAGCGGCAACGGAGGAUGACUCAUCGAGGCUGGAUCGGAUUAGGGGUUGGAUCAGCUGGAGGCUGGAUGCUGCGGAGGAUGAGCAGACCAAGUGCUUCGUGGCUUGUCUGCUGAACAAGCUGAAGCUGUGGCAACCGUACUUGGGAAAGUUUCGGGGGGAGCAGCUACAGCUGCAGCACGAUUUGUACAACAGUUUCGUCAAUUGGAGCAGAGAAGAUGUUGAAGUGUUUGCUGCCGGUGUUGAGCGCACGAGUGAUGUAUGGAACUGUCAGGCGGUUUACGAGGGAUUCACAGUUGCCGUUGCGCCACAGAUUGAGAUGUUCAAGCAAUUAUUUCUGUUGGACGAUGAGGUUGCAGCCAGUAUCUACGCCGACUUGGGAACAACCAUCCGACAGCCGAACCAAUCUUAUUUUCAAUUCUGCGAAAAGAGGUACUACCGGAACCAGGUGGAUAUUUGGUGCACUGCUCGCAACUACAGCAUCCCGGACGACCGAAACUUUCACAAGCACAUGGACUGCAUUUUCCGCGGAUUGCGUUAUUUCGAUCGUGACGAGGUUCUGAAUGUAGUGGAGAUACUGCGUGACUUCCAUUUGGCCGAAAUUACCAAUUUGGACGAUGAGAUUACCAACACUUUGGUGCUUUGUGAGGUUGAAUCCGGCUCGGAGGCGUUGUCGUACUAUCGAUGUCUGCUGGACAGUAGCUUUGUGGAGCAGUUCAAGGAUGCACUGGACUACCGGGAGAUACGAUCCAGUGAUUACUUCUACAGGUUGAGGGAUGUGGUGCCGAGCUAUAACCGGGACGAAAUUCACCAGAAGGUCAACGAGAUUCAUCGGAAUUACUGUGUUGUGAUUUCAUGAGAAAACUCUUUCCAUUUUGUUAAACUAGAAAAAUAACGUA